ACUUAGCGAGCGUGGUGUUUGCUUUGGUGCCUCUACAAUCUGAGCCUAGUGGGAGACAUCGAGAGCUCCGCGACAUGGCAUUCAACAGGAGGGGCUGUCCCCUGAGCUCCUGAUUUAUGGAGCGCCCGUCUGCCGGUGACAGAAAAUACUAACAGUGAACACGACAGCGAGAGCACCGGGAACUGCAACAGGCAGACCCCUCCAACUGCACGCCGGCUCGCUGGCUCACUCUCGGUCUCCCGUCAACUCUCACGCUCUUGCCAGUGCCGGCAGCUGCCGUAGGAUGCCCCAAGUUUGGUGAUUCCGAGAGAGCGCGCGCCGUAAGCCAAAACAUCUCAAAAAUGAGAAAGACGAGAUGGGGUGACAGGGAGCAGCUUGAAAGAGGAUGUUCCAUCCGGGAGGAAGCUCUGGGGCCAGGCAGGAGCACCGCCCGCGGCCGCUUCUCCGAGUCCUGGAAAAGGCUGAGCUCCAGGCAGAGUUCCACCAAGAGAGCUGGGCUGGCCGCUCAGCAGCUGCCGGCACAGAAGUCCUGGAUAGAAAGAGCCUUCAGCAAGCGAGAAUGCGUGCACGUAAUUGUAAGCACAAAAGACCACCACAGGUGCUGCUGCGGACGUCUGAUUGGUCAGCACGUUGGUUUGCCCCCGAGCAUCUCCUGCAGUCACAAUGACAAGAACGAAAGGAAAAAUGACAGCCUGCUGGAGAAGUGGUCUGUCAGCAAGCACACGCAGAUCAGCCCCACGGAUGCCUUUGGCACCAUUGAGUUUCAGGGAGGGGGGCACUCUAACAAAGCAAUGUACGUCAGGGUGUCAUAUGACACCAAGCCUGACCUUCUCUUGCACCUGAUGACUAAGGAGUGGCAGCUGGACCUUCCCAAGCUCCUCAUCUCGGUCCAUGGCGGACUGCAGAACUUUGAGCUGCAGCCCAAACUCAAGCAGGUCUUUGGUAAAGGGCUCAUUAAGGCAGCAAUGACAACAGGGGCGUGGAUCUUCACUGGGGGAGUGAACACAGGCGUCAUCCGUCACGUGGGCGAUGCACUUAAGGACCAUGCCUCAAAAUCCAGGGGCAAGAUCUGCACUAUUGGAAUCGCGCCCUGGGGGAUUGUGGAGAAUCAGGAUGACCUCAUCGGCAAAGACGUGGUCAGGCCGUACCAGACCAUGUCAAAUCCUCUUAGCAAGCUGACGGUGCUUAACAGCCUGCACUCUCACUUCAUCCUGGCUGACAACGGCACCACUGGAAAGUAUGGAGCUGAAGUCAAACUCCGGAGGCAGCUAGAGAAGCACAUCUCACUUCAGAAGAUUAAUACCCGGAUCGGACAGGGGGUCCCUGUGGUGGCACUCAUCGUGGAGGGGGGGCCCAACGUGAUCUCCAUCGUGUUGGAGUACCUGCGAGACACCCCUCCUGUGCCUGUUGUGGUCUGCGAUGGCAGUGGCCGGGCGUCGGACAUCCUGGCCUUUGGGCACAAGUACUCUGAAGAAGGAGGGAUCAUUAACGAGUCUUUAAGGGACCAGCUGCUCGUCACCAUCCAGAAGACCUUCAACUACAGCCGGACGCAGGCGCAGCACCUCUUCAUCAUCCUCAUGGAGUGCAUGAAGAAGAAGGAGCUGAUAACCGUUUUUCGAAUGGGGUCAGAGGGACAUCAAGACAUCGAUCUGGCCAUCCUGACAGCCCUUUUGAAAGGGGCCAACGCAUCAGCCCCUGAUCAGUUAAGCUUGGCUUUGGCCUGGAACAGGGUGGAUAUUGCCAGGAGCCAGAUCUUCAUUUAUGGACAGCAGUGGCCGGUGGGUUCUCUGGAGCAGUCCAUGCUGGACGCCUUAGUGCUGGACAGGGUGGACUUUGUGAAGCUGCUGAUUGAGAAUGGGGUCAGCAUGCACCGCUUCCUCACUCUUUCCAGGCUAGAGGAGCUCUACAACACGAGACACGGACCAUCAAACACACUGUACCAUCUGGUCAGAGAUGUCAAAAAGGGCAACCUGCCACCAGACUAUCGCAUCAGUUUGAUUGACAUCGGCCUGGUGAUUGAGUACUUGAUGGGGGGAGCCUACCGCUGCAAUUACACCAGGAAAAGGUUUCGAACCCUUUAUCACAAUCUCUUCGGCCCCAAGAGACCAAAAGCACUGAAGCUCUUAGGAAUGGAGGAUGACAUGCCAAUCAGGAGAGGACGACAGAAGACAACGAGGAAGAGAGAGGAGGAAGUGGAUAUUGAUCUGGAUGACCCAGAGAUUAAUCACUUUCCCUUCCCAUUCCAUGAGCUGAUGGUGUGGGCAGUUCUGCUAAAGCGCCAGAAGAUGGCGCUCUUUUUCUGGCAGCACGGGGAGGAGGCCAUGGCCAAAGCCCUUGUUGCCUGUAAACUCUGCAAGGCCAUGGCGCACGAGGCGUCCGAGAACGACAUGGUGGACGACAUUUCGCAGGAGCUCAACCGCAACUCCAGGGAGUUCGGUCAGCUGGCUGUGGAGCUUCUUGACCAGUCCUACAAACAAGAUGAGCAGAUGGCUAUGAAGCUGCUCACCUAUGAACUGAAGAACUGGAGCAAUGCCACCUGUCUACAGCUGGCUGUUGCAGCCAAGCACCGAGACUUCAUCGCACACACCUGCAGCCAGAUGCUCCUGACAGAUAUGUGGAUGGGCCGACUGCGUAUGCGCAAGAACUCUGGACUAAAGGUGAUCCUGGGGCUUCUUCUGCCCCCUUCCAUCCUGAGUCUGGAGUUUAAGAACAAGGACGAGAUGUCCUACAUGCCUCAGGAUCAGGAGUCCAACUUGCAGGAGAAGGACGUGGAGGAGCCGGAGAAACAAAUCAAGGAGAAAGAGGAGGAGGACAUGGAGUUCACAGUAAGGUCCUACUGUGGCACACAGUACAACUCCGUGGCCAUGUUAGGAAAAGUAACUGCGGAAACCUCACGGAAGAAAGACGUGGAGGAAGUUCAGAGCAGACACAGGCUGAUCCCGUUUGGCCGAAAGAUCUAUGAAUUUUAUAAUGCUCCAAUCGUCAAGUUCUGGUUCCACACAAUGGCCUAUGUUGGGUAUUUGAUGUUAUUCAACUACAUUGUGCUGGUCAAGAUGGACCUGUGGCCAUCCCCCCAGGAGUGGAUCGUUAUUGCGUACAUUUUCACCAAUGGCAUCGAGAAGAUGAGAGAGAUUCUAAUGUCAGAGCCAGGGAAGCUUCUACAGAAGGUGAAAGUCUGGCUGCAGGAAUAUUGGAACAUCACAGACCUCAUGGCCAUCCUGAUCUUCUCUGUGGGCAUGGUUCUCCGCCUCCAAGACCCGCCUUUUAUGAGUUAUGGCCGGGUGAUCUACUGUGUCAACAUCAUAUACUGGUACAUCCGCUUGCUGGAUAUCUUUGGGGUCAACAAGUACCUGGGUCCCUAUGUCAUGAUGAUAGGCAAGAUGAUGAUCGACAUGAUGUACUUUGUCAUCAUCAUGCUGGUGGUGCUGAUGAGUUUCGGAGUGGCUCGGCAGGCCAUCCUCAACCCCAAUGAAGACCCAUCCUGGAUGCUGGCACGCAACAUCUUUUUUAUGCCCUACUGGAUGAUUUAUGGAGAGGUGUUCGCAGAUCAGAUUGACCAUAUGAAUAGUAGGAAGCCACAGCACAGGCUGAAUGAAAAAUUCUGGCUGCUUGAAAAUAACGUUCGAGCUCACGGAACGUGGCGUAACAAUGCGCCGUGCGGACAGAAUGUCACAAAUGAAGAUGGAGCCAUUGUGACUCUUCCACCCUGCAAGACGGGAGCCUGGAUUGUGCCAGCAAUUAUGGCCUGCUACCUUUUGGUUGCCAACAUCCUUUUGGUCAACCUUCUGAUAGCUGUCUUCAAUAACACCUUUUUUGAGGUGAAGUCCAUCUCUAACCAGGUCUGGAAGUUCCAGCGAUACCAGCUGAUCAUGACCUUCCACGAGAGGCCGGUUCUCCCCCCACCGCUCAUAAUCUUCAGUCACAUGACCAUGGUCCUAAAGCACCUGUGCUGUCGCUGGCGGAAGCAUGAUGACGACGAGCAUGACUAUGGGCUGAAGCUUUUCAUCACCGAAGACGAGCUGAAGAAGCUGCAUGACUUUGAGGAGCAGUGUAUAGAAGAGUAUUUCAGAGAAAAGGAGGACUGCUUCAAUUCUUCCAAUGACGAGAGAAUCCGAGUCACAUCUGAGAGGGUGGAGAACAUGUCUAUGCGCCUGGAGGAGGUGAACGAACGUGAACAUUUCAUGAAGGCUUCUCUCCAGACUGUGGACAUCCGGCUGGCUCAGAUGGAAGAAAUGAUUGGCCGAUUGGCUCUGGCGCUGGAGCGAGUUGCCGGGGUGGAGCGCAGCGAAGUCAACAAGGCUCGGUCGCGCACGUCUUCCGACUGCACCGAUACGGCUUAUAUCCUGAGACAGAGCAGCUUCAACAGUCAAGAGGGCAACGCCUACCGGAUACAAGAAGCCCUGGAGCAGGCUGGUGAGGAGUCUAUCUCUCCCACCUCACCGACCAUCUUGGCUCCACGUGCCAGGAGCCAUUCUUUCUAUGUUGGAGGUUCGCGGGACAGAGGCGGGGCUGACAGAAUCGAAGGCUUCUUCAAAGAGCACUCUCUGAGCUUGCACCGUGCCAACAGCUCGCAGUCCAUGGCAUCUGCCUCCCAGAAAGAGCACAAGCCCAUCCCCUUGAACACGCUGGCAGUCUCGCAGCAGCAUCGUCCAUCCUCAUGCAUCGACAUCUACGUGUCAGCGUCGGAUGAGGCACAUGCCCCAAUGGCCGACGCGGACCCUCUGAGGUUGCUGUCCCUUCCGGGGGAGUCUUCCCUACCCUCGGAAAUCAUGGAGGCCGUUCAGGCUGGGGAAUCCUACAGCAGUUCAGCCCUGGGGGCUAUUUCUGGGGGAGACAGACUCUCGGAGGGCACAGCUGUGUUUGAGGACAGUGCAGCUGUUGACCUUUCGCUGUGCUCCAGCCACCUGCUGCCCGAAAGCCUGACGCCAUGGGACCUCGACCCCCCAGCAACCCUGGAGCGUUCCAAGAGUAGCCGCUACCUGUCCACUGCAGGGCCGCUUUUCCUGGAAGACCCGCCCUUGGUUAAGUCACACAGCCUAAUGUUCACGCCGCGUGGCUAUUACGGCAGCCUUGGCGUGCAGGUGAAGGCCGCCGAGUACACCAGCAUCACUGACUGCAUCGACACCCGCUGCGUCUCCACUGCACACGCCCCGCCCGAGCGCUCCGAGUCGCCCAGUUCCUGCUUCUUCGACAAGCCGCAAGACCUGGGCACCUCACACCCCGAACGGGAGGCCGAGCUCAGCCACGCUGAGUCCGACCCAGAGGAAGGAGAAUUGCUGGCCGAGUCCCGCAGAUCGACGGUGGCAACCGUGACUGGUUACCAGAGCGGGGCGGGGAUGAUGGGCCCCUUCUGCAUGCCGCUGUCUCGGCUGGAGAGGGCCAACAGUUGCUCAUCCGAGGACUCGCACACAGCCAAUGCCCAUGCCCUCAAGACCUUCUCCUUCAGCGAGAAGAUGGACAGGCAGAGGUACUCAAGGAACCCCUUCCAGAGAAGCAAGUCCUCAACCAAGUCAGAUGGUAAGACAGAUAGUCUCACCAUGAAGAAGAUGACUAAGAGCUCGGCCUUCCGCAGUUUUGACAGCAGACAGAAUUUUACAUAAAGAGUCUCUUACUAUGACUCCUGGAACAGGACCACACAGUUAUUGCCAAUAAUUAUGAAGUCAGUUGUUCCAUGUCAACCACUUUAGUCAACCUAAACCCAUUUUAAUCCACCUAGAUCUUCCGAGGGUUUACAAAGAUCAUUUAUUUCACUUCCUAAAUUCUCAGCGUAUUAUGUACUUACUAUAUUGCCUGGUGCCAAUGGGCCAUCACCAAACCAAAAAAAGAUGACUAGGAGCUGAAAAUUACAGUAGUGGUGUUCAGUGUAAACUCUUCCAUGGGGACUGUCAAUGUGGAUCAAACCAAUAAUUUCCGAAAACACACAUCCCACGAUAAUUUUGCAUUAAACGAGAGAGCUGUUUGUCUUUAUUUAACGUAAGAUUCUCAUAUCUGGACCCAACUUCUUUGUUCCUAUUCUAAGCUUAUACUAAACUUUGUCUGGGGAGAAAAAGGUUGAUCGUAAAUUUGUUAGAUUACACAUCUGUCGUAAUCUUAGUAUUCCGUACCUGUCCUGUUUACUCAUUGAUACAAACCAGAAAAAGGAAAUUGCACAUGCUGUAGGCACUGCUCAUGAAUAAUCGAAAGCCUCCAGUGCCCUUUUGAGGAGUGUCAACCCGGUCCUCGGGGAUCCUCUCACGCUCCCCAUUUUUGCUCCCUUCCAGCUUCCUACCAGAAAGUCCACAGUUUUGCUCCCUACUGGGACUGUCUCUACUGUACACUGUCUGGCAUGGAGCUGGGAGGGGGGGUGAAAGGUGGACGGUCUGGGGGUCCCUGAAUACCACCUUCAGAAGCACUGCUCUAGAGAAUAAAUAAAUAUGGAAUCAAACAGACAAUUUCAUCUUGCAUUAAGAAACAACUGUUGUGUGUUGUAACCCCCCCCCCCCCCAACACACACACACACACCUACCGCCCCUCCCCCCCACAAUCUUUGUUUUUUCUCUGCUUAUAUGAAGCUGCAUGAGUGGUAAGGGGUCCCUGUCAGGCUGGUGACAGGUUGAAAUCCUCUGGUGCUGUAUAUAGUACAUAUUCAUGUAAUUCACAUUAUCUGGUUGGGAGGAGAACACAAGCUGUUCCUGUAAAAUAAUCAACAUCCAAAUGAAAAAAUAAGACUCAAAAGAAAAAAAAUCUAAAUAAGGAGAUGUCUAGAAUGUGAACUGAAACAGGGUAUUAAAGCCAAAGAUUUCUUCUUCCUGUGUGAUGCCUGAACUGGUUAAACAUCCAUCACCCCACAAAUUCAAACAUAAAGCGACAUCAAAAGAGUUGUUUGACAUCUGAGAGCUUUAUCAAGGUUUAUUUAUUUGUUUGUUUUCUAAUUUUCCUCUUAAAAUGCAGAUUAUUAAGUCUCCUGUAAUAAGGAGAUAUAUUUUAAUUAAUUUUCCUUCAGAUGCACAGUCAUUUUAUUUUGUUGAUUCACAUGUGCUGCUGUUACAGGUAGCAUUUUGCAAAGGUACACUACAGUAUAUGUGCUAUAAAAUGCGGGUUGCAUUUGUUGAAGGGAUCAUCUUCCACAGCUUAAGUGUAAAACUUACAAAGGUAUUUCUUUAUAUUAAACCAUGUUUUAAAGUGAUGUGAAGGAUAGAAGUUAAGGAAUUUGCCCCAUUGCCAUUUUUAAAUUAAAUGUUUAGGAAAAAAAAGUCUAUUUUAAGGCAGGGUAUAUUUGGUCUCUGUGAUUAUAAUUAUUGUGAUAAUGAUGAACAUGAAAAAGGGAAAGCAUUUGGUUGAAUGUCCUGUCAGAUUGUGAGGGCCAUCAACUGGGUGUGUGCUUGGUAUGUCCACUGAAACAUUUAUGUUUCAUGCAUUGCUUUGAUAUCAUAGGUUAUAAAUGUUAUAGGUGUUUAUUGCUGCAGUAAAUAUUAUUCCCCUUCUAGUUUAAAGAGAUAAGUGUAGCUUGUUCCUAGCAAAAGCAUUUAUUUUACUACACUCAUCUGGUAUAUUGAAUAUGCAUCUAUAUUAUUUGUGUGAAACAUUUGAUUAGCAAUAUUAUGCUACUGUGGCCAUUCUCAUUAAGUUGUUCAAAGGUUUUAACAAGUCAUUAAUCUGGAAAAAGAAUACAUUUGACUUUCAUUUGAAGUUCUUUGGCUCUGUGGCCAAAUUGAAAAGUAACAAUCCAGGACAGAAUUUUCUGUAGUCUUAUUGUUAUGAUCUGGAAUUAAUCUUACAUUUAUAUUUAUAUAAAAACUGAUUUGGCCACAUUCAAAUAAAUGUUUAUGCAACAGGUCAUUGAAAAUAGUAAGCAAAAAUUUCUUUUAGUUUUCAUUUGAGCAGUGGAUUCAAUCUCUUAGGGUUCCUAGCCAAUAUCUGUCUGUACAUGUCUGGCUUAGCUAGAUGUUAUUUUCUUGAUUGCAAACAUUGAUGACGAUCAGGAACUACUAAGAAAACCCCCCAAAAAAUGUUAAUGAAGUGAUUAGCCCGGAAUGACCAGAAAAUAUUCGGUAACUGUACCCUCAUGAUGCCUUUAUAUUGCAUUCAUAGAACAUUCAAUGGACAUUCAUAAUGCAUUCAUAAUGCAUUCAUAAGCAGAAUGUAAGUAUACUUUAAAAUCCUAACAUAUAUUAACAGCUGUAAUAUACAUUAAUAACGACCAAUAUAUGAUAAUAGCAAUCAUUGUAAUCGUCUAAUCGUAUAAUGUUUGUCAUUAAUAUAUAGUAAAGCUGUUAAGGUAUGUUAUGAUGUUAAGGUACUUACAUGCUGAUUAGGAAUGCAUGGUGAAGGUGCACUGAAUGUUCUACAAAUGCAUUACAAAGGCACUGUGAAGUUGCGAUGAAUGUAAUCUGUUACCAAAUAUACUGACUAUUCUAUCAUUUGUUUAGACCAACAUUGACCUGUCCAUGUUUCAACCUUAUAUCCUGAGCAAGAUUGCAAGGCUAAAAUAUACAACAUGUAAAUAAUCACAGAGGGUACACAAAAAAGAAAAUGCAUAAAAUACCACCAAUAUUUAUAGUUCAUGGACAUUUACGCUUGUUCUGGUGAGACAACUUUCUUAGAACCUACCAGCUUACAGUAUGUUAAUUUAGCUAUUGCCAACAUGGUAGGUUGCCUCGAAAAAGAAAAUUGCAAAUUAAGGAUAUAGUAACUCUAAAUAAUAGUAACAGUAAUAGUUGGCUUGCCACUUUUCAUCAUACCCUUCUUGACUUGAUCCCUGUCUAGAUUGUAAUGAAAACAGAAAUGUUUCAACAAACAAUUCACCACCCAUAACAAUUCUCACCAAGCAAUCGAAGGCACACGGACAAACACAUUACAUAUAUACUUUUUUAUGUUUAACUGUGUUAUUUCAUGUUUGAAAGUAAGCGCAUUAUUUGUCCCAAGAAGCUUACAGUGUUUUCAGAGCAAUUCAUCAGGGACACUUAGUGGUGCCGUUUGGUGUUUAGGUUAGAAUAUCAGGCUGUUAUAGAGGAUGUUGGCUAAUGAUCUUCCCAGAGUUCAUCAUUGUCUAUACUAUAUAGAUUCAUACAUUACAAUACAGCUGAUUAACCCCAAUACCAGUCGUACUUGACUUUUCUGCAAAACAUUUACACUGAAACUUUUUAACUUAUAAAAAAGAAAGUUUUGUUGCCGUUUUUACAGUUAUUAUUCUAAAGUGUUCAGUCAGAGAUAAUAAAUAAAAUGUUUCACAACCAAAUAAAAAUUUAGAAUCUGUUUAGAGGUUGGUUUUGUCAGCUUUGUGACCAAAACUCUUGUUGAAUGUUUUACUUUUAUGGAAUAACUGUAAAGAAUUAAAUGACUCCAAGUGAAAAUCCGGGUUAUGUGAUACUGCCACAGACUGUGUCAGUGUGUUGGAAUUGAUGCAGGGACAUGGAUGCUGAAAAUUAAAGGCUAAUUUACGAGAAUAACUGAUUCUGAAGUCUGCUUCACUUUGCAGUGAUGAAUGUUAUGGCAGAACUCACGGUGAUGCUUUCUUUUCUAGAGAAUUUAUUUAGUUAUUAAAUGUUUCACAUCGUUUCUUCAGCAUGACAACUGUUAAUGUGCAGUCAAUAUCAAAGCAUUCCACCUAUGCUUCUAAAUUUGUCAUCACACAAGCACUUGCUAUGCAAGUAACAUGUAGAGAUAUGUGAAAUAGAGAUUCUUGCACUUUAAAACAUAAAACGUUUUAAAAUAUGCACAUUUUAAAUUGAAUUUCAUUUAGUGAUAUUGAAAGUGUGUCCUAGCACAGUCGUUGGUGUAUGCAGGAUGUGACACUAAAGUGAAGAGGCUGGACUUCUGAACGAUCUGAGUAAUUUAUCGCAGUGGUGAAAAUGUCAGUCCAGAGUGUGAGGUUCUGGCUUCUUAGGUUUGACAAAAGCGUAAGCUUUAACUACACAAAGACCUCUUUGAAUCAUGUUUCCCAACACUAGUCGGUUCAGUAGCAAUUGAACAAGUUUAAAAUGUUCAGUGCACUGACGGACAUUUGAUAUGCUUAAUGUGCUCGUGGCUGUUCCCUCAGCCCUGUAAUUGUCCAAUUUGCUGGGAUCAUGGCAUGCAAAUGGAAGGAUACUCUUUGGGACUAACCACACUUGUCUUCACCCUGCCAGUGUAUCUGAUGUAGCACAAAUUAUAGCAUUGUUGACUGAUGUAGACAAGACCCAAGCAGCUUCUGACCUCUAGUGGCCAGUGAGGUAAAAAUUUGUUGUCGGUCCUGUUGUGAUUUAAAAUAUGCUCAGACUAAAGACAUCUAGCUGCUUUUCAAUUUGUGAUUCUGCAAUAUCUUUCAACUUUUGUAAAUAAUUGUUUAACAUUUACUUCAUCUUGUCUAAAGCUUAUCAAGCUAAAUUUAAUCAUUAAUGGAGACAUUUAUUUUGGGACAAAAAUUUAUUAACUGAAUUCUGUGCUUCAGAUUCCUUUAGUUGAAGGUUCUGCUUAUCCAAGACUUUAUUUUUUUUUCUAUAUAUUUAUACCUAAUAUAUAGAAUUUUCUUAAUUUAUACCUAAUUGUUUCAGUCAAAAGAGUUUUGUUUUAUAAAUAGCUUGUUUUAAUACCCAUUUUUCUGAAAGGGUAAAGUACAUUCAUAGCUAAAUAUUUAUAUUUUAUUCAGUAUGCUAUUUAUUCAGUUACCAGUAUUGUAGUCAUUACUUAGGAUGGAACUCUUUAUGGUGAAUAUUAGUACUGAAAGAUUUAUUCAUGUAUAAUAUAUUUUUUUGUAAAGAUGUGCAUUAUUUACUAUAUCCCCUUAUAAAUAUGUUAGCACUACUGUCAAUAUAAAUUGAGCACUCUGUACUACUUACAAUGCAUUUCUGUGGAUUGGCACCUAGUUGUCAAAUAUACAGUUCCUCUGUAUCCCACCAGCUAGGAGGGAUAUUCACUCAAAGCUUGAAUGUAUAAUCACACACACUUUUAGCGAAUCAGAGAAGGUUUUGGCCUGGACGACAGAAAGGCGCAUCACUGGCCCGAAGGAGGUCGUCAGAUUCUGCAGUUUAGCAAAUUUACAAGGAAAUCUGUAUAGGUGUAAAAAGAAUCAUUUAAAAUUGACCUUCCUACCACGCUCCCACCCACAGUGGCUAGAGAAAUAUUUUAUUUUACCGUUUGAUUUUGUCUCUAUCAUGUGCAACACCGGUGACAGACACUGUAGGGUUUCAAACUUGGAAGAAAAAAACGUCUGACUUUCAUGACCUUUUGAUUUCCGACGUGUUUAAUGUUUAUUUCAGUGGAAUCCACAUAUUAAAAUACGAAAUCACAUGCUUCUACUACACAGGAGUGUAUCCCAAUAUAGGUCUGCAUUCUCCUGCAUACUGUUCACUUGUUAAUACUAAAAACGUUGUGAAGCUUUUGCAUAAGAAUGAAAAGUCUUGUUUGACGGACUUAUUAAAAUAUAAGAAAUAUACUAGUAUCUCUGUUCAUGAAUGUGAAAAAGAACAACGUGGUCUCAAUGUGGUCACACAAAAAUUUAGGCUGGUUCUGUUAGCUCUUUGGAGUAUGUGAAAAUUGUGUAUCAGUACAAAACUGGUCCUUAGGUAUUAAAUCUGUAAAUCACCUUGACCUACAAAUUCUAUUUUACAAGCGAUAAUACUAUAUUAAUAUUACUUAAAAAAAACAUAUUCUCAUGCUUUAAGUCGAAGUGAAAGCAACUGAUAAAACCAUCCACUUACGCAAAUUAUUUGGAAGCAGAAUUUGUCCAGUUAUGUUUUCGAAAUGUUCUGUAAAUGUCUUUGUAUCUUAUGUGCAAAUUAGUUAAUGGGAAGAAUGAAAACCCCAAAACAUCAUGAAAAGUAAAGCCUAUAUUAUCAGGACACCAUCGAUCUUAUUUUCCUACGGAUUUUCUCAACUACCAUGUAGAAUUGUGUGCCAAUAAUACAAUGGGACGUACUGUACAGCUUUUAUAAAUAUUUUCCUAUACUGUAGUAUACAGUUUUGUGAAUUAUAUACCACUGUCAAGUUUUUUUUUUUAAUUAUGAUUAUUAUUGUUGUUGAGCACUUGUAUGGUAAUGAGGAGUCUAAGCACCCGUUUUUGCAAUAAUAGUGUAGUUUAACUAAAGCAACUUCCAGGUGUCCCAGUUUCUUGUGUCUAUAAAUGCAUGCAGUUCUUCCAACAGAGUUGUAAUGCAUUAUGUAUAACAUACGAUAAAAAGCGAGUGAAAUUAAGAGAGAGAUAUUUUAUUCAAAGACAAUUAUGGUGGUAUUUGUAUGCAAAUACAAAUAUGUAUUACUUAAUGUGCAGAGGCUAUUGUUUGGCAUGCAUUUUUAAAUAAGUUUUAAAAAAAAGAGCAAAUAAACAAUGCAAUUGUUUCAUCA